CACGAGCCGGCGGUGAUGACCCGUCGUAGAUAUUUUCCCACCAUCCCCGGCCCGUCCUCUCGCUAUCUAAUCCUCUACCGUGUUCUGUGUUCUCAGAUCCUCUCUCUUCAGCAGCCUCCCUCUCCUCCCUUAGAUCCCCUCCCCAGUAGCUUCUCCUUCGCCGAGUCAUGGAGCUGCAGAGAUGCGGACUUGCCCCGCCUUCCUGCCGCGCGAGGUCCGGCGCCGCAGCAGCAGAAGCAAGCACAGCAGCAGCCAUGUACGCCGCCCUCCGCCGCGCGGCGCCACUCCGGCGGCGUGCCGUGUCCGCGCUCGCGGCCGCGCUGCUCCAGCAGCAGUCGGCGGCGAUGGGGGCGGUGGCCCCGCGGCUGCCGGCGCCCGCCGCGUUGGCGGCGUCGUGGUUCCACUCGUACCCGUCGCGGCUGGGGUUCCGGGAGACGGGGCCCGCGGGCGCGGCGGCGCGGGCGGAGUUCGCGGCGGCCGAGGUGGGGUCGUUCUACGAGGAGGACAAGAGGGCCGCCAGCGCCGGUGGCGCGGCGGACCAGGGUCUGGAGAUUGCCAAGCUGGGGAUCUCGUCCAAGAUCGUCGAUAGGCUCGCCAAGAAGGGCAUCACCAAGCUGUUCCCCAUUCAGCCUAUCUAAUGGGUUGCCCGAUACGAGGAGUCAUUUUGGAUCCAUUUGUGGCAUUGCGAAUGGGCAUUCAGGGACAGGGACUCAAUUCUGGGAUGAAAAGAUGGAAAAAGAACUUGCUGAGGGACAUCUAUCGAGUACAGUAUUUGACAGAUGGAUUUGCUGAGAAAGGUUGGUGCAGCUAGAGAAGUUAAUUGUUUUUUAUUGUUUGGACAUUAAAAUGUCAUGAUUAUAGGGUGGAACCAAGCAUUAGCUAGCUUGAUCAAAUUAUAUGGUAGAAUAUGCCAGACAUGCAUGUUUAAUGUAGAAUAAGCUAUAUAUUUUCCUGGUGAAUGGCAGAAACUGAAAACAUGUCUAUUGUCUGCUUCUUUCAGAUGUUUAUGUCUAUAUUAUUUCUUUCAAACCAAGAACUGUACUAAUUCAUAUCCCAUUCCAUGUCAACUUCAGCAAGUACUGAUACUAGAAUUUGUGUGGAAUAUAAUUGGCUAAUAAAAUGUGAUGAGUCAGAUUUAUCCAUUCACCUUUAACUUAUGUUUGGGCAAUAAUCUCGAUGUAUGAGCUCAUAUGGUUGAAUUCUGCUGCUAUAAUUAUAUAUUAUAUAUGUUGUACAAAUGAUGCAAUAUUAUUAUAUGAAAA